UCUUUCUCUUUCAAGCUUCCUUUCCAGCUUGUUUUGGUCCUGCCCUCAAAUCCUUCAACUUUCAGUACCCCACCAACCAUUUUCCUCACCUUUGCAUUUUCUCUUCUCCAAAACCCAUUUUUUGGCAUUAAAAAUUAAAUUUUUAUUUUUGGGGUGUUAGCAUUGAUUCCCUGCCAUUGUUGUUAACACCUUUUUCAUUGUUCUGAGUUUCUUUCUAUUUCUUUUUUCUCCCCAUUUGAGUUCACAACACUCACUAGUAGGUAACUAUUUGUGUAGCUGCAACUCUUUGUAGAAUCUGGGUUUUGUAGGCUUUGUGUUUGUUUAUAUGCCUCAUUGUGUUUCUUUGGGAGGUAGAAGAAGAUCAAGGAAGAGGUGAUAUUUGAUCAACACAAAGGUAGGAAUGCCUUGAUUUUAUUGGCUGAAGAAUUUGGAGGGCAAGAAUUGAUUGACUUGUUGCCUCCAAUUAUGUCUGGCAACCAUUCUUUAAAGGUUGAAUUGUCGAAGACGACGGCAUUAUUGGGUUUGAGGCUGUGGGUUUUGAUUGGGAUAGGUGUUGGUGCGUUCAUAGUUCUAAUUCUUUGUGUAUUACCUGUAUGGGUGACAUUUCGGAGAAAGUCGAGGAGAUCUAUGGACAAGAUCCCCAUGUCUCAAAUUCCAAAUGUCUCGAAAGAUAUCAAGGUUGACAAGGUUGGGGUGCUGAAUUGUCAUGAUCAAGCUGAGAGUGUAUAUAUUCCUGUUCAUGACAAGGCAAGUGAUAAUAAUAAUUCAGAAAAGUUGUUAGUUCAUUUGGGAAUGAGCAAAUCCAGUGAUGCAGAUAAUAUCAGCCAAUGCAGCUCGAUUUUUCAUCACGAGAGAGGGUUUAGUUCGAUGUCCGGUGAAGAAGGAAGCUCCAGCACAUUUAAGAAGCAGUCUGCAUUGGGGAUGGUAACUGCAUCACCUCUAAUUGGUUUGCCCGAGGUUUCUCAUCUUGGAUGGGGCCACUGGUUCACCCUUAGAGAUCUUGAACUUGCAACCAAUCGUUUCUCGGCUGAGAAUGUGAUUGGUGAGGGUGGAUAUGGAGUUGUUUACAGGGGAAGGCUAAUCAAUGGGUCUGAGGUGGCAGUGAAGAGACUUCUUAACAACUUGGGACAAGCAGAGAAAGAAUUCAGGGUUGAAGUGGAAGCUAUAGGCCAUGUUAGACAUAAAAAUCUUGUGCGGUUGCUUGGAUAUUGCAUAGAAGGAGUACACAGGUUGCUAGUGUAUGAAUAUGUGAACAAUGGUAAUUUAGAACAAUGGUUACAUGGAGCUAUGAGUCAACAUGGAAUACUUACCUGGGAUGCUCGUAUGAAGAUUAUACUCGGCACAGCCAAAGCGCUUGCUUAUUUACACGAAGCAAUCGAACCAAAAGUUGUUCACCGGGAUAUAAAGUCUAGCAACAUACUGAUUGAUAGUGAGUUCAAUGCGAAGGUUUCUGAUUUUGGUUUGGCCAAACUUUUGGACUCAGGGGAAAGUCACAUAACUACUAGAGUAAUGGGAACAUUUGGUUAUGUGGCACCAGAAUAUGCUAAUACCGGCAUGUUAAAUGAAAGAAGCGACAUUUACAGCUUCGGUGUUGUCUUGCUAGAAGUGGUUACCGGAAGGGACCCAGUUGACUAUUCCCGUUCCGCGAAUGAGGUGAAUCUUGUUGAGUGGCUCAAGAUCAUGGUGGGAACAAGGAGGGCCGAGGAAGUUGUGGACUCUAGCCUCGAAGUGAAACCAUCGAUGCGUGUCCUAAAGCGUGCCCUUCUGGUUGCGCUUAGGUGUGUCGAUCCUGAUGCCGACAAGAGACCCAAAAUGAGUCAGGUUGUGAGGAUGCUUGAAGCAGACGAGUAUCCGUUCCGACAGGAUCGAAGAACUAGAAAGAGCCGCACUGGCAGCAUGGAAAUCGAAUCUGUGAAGGAUAAUUCCGGUCCAUCGGAUGCCGAAAUGGUGAAGGGUCCUGAAAGCAAUGUGCUUGAGACAUCCCAACAAUAGGAUUUCAGUUACAACCAUAUGACAUACAUAACCUGCAUGUACAAUUAACUUUGUACUAAUUAUAGUAAGGUGAAAAUUCAGGUGCAGUCAACUUCACGUGAAGUUGAUAGCUGAAAGUCGUUAAAUGAUUUGAAUGAUUUGAUUAAGUUUUUAUCUAACGACUCUCAAUUAUCAACUUCACGUGAAGUUGACUGCACUGAGUUUCCACCUUAACAGUAACCAACCAAACAAUAUAUAUAUAUACACACAUCCAAGUUUGUGUUAAGAUUUUUUUUUUCUGCAUCUGAGAAGAGAAUCAGAUGAAAGGUUAGCUUAUCUAGAUAAUGAAGCAUAUUCUUAUUCAAUGUGAACAAACUCAAAUGCAAUUGCACAAAAAUUUGAAAGGAAUGUGGGUGAGUGAGUGAGUGAAAUGCUAGUAAUGCUGUGUAUAUGUCAAAGGUUGCGAGAAUCGAACU